AUGGUACCCGAACAGAAGUAUUUGUGGAAAUGUUUCGGAUGCAAAAGUGCCGAACCGAGGUCAGACAAUACAAAUACACCAGUGCGCGGCGUCGACGAAAACGUAAACAUGCAUCGCGGGGGCCUGCGGCCCCGUGGGGCAGUAACGACCCAUGAACUUAACAACUCCGUGAUGGAUGUAUCUUACACCGACAACCAACAAGUACAUGAUGCCACUGCCUAUGAUUUCUCACUCGACACAUCUGGCGUUAACGAUCUGCAGAGACUGGUAUCGGAAUUUAGACUUUUCCGCGAGGAAAUGCGGGCCAUGAGCCAACUUAUCCAGGCCCUGCGGGCUAGUAUGACAAACUUAACUUCAAAAAUUGAUGGUUGUGAUAAGCGCAUUGAUAGUCUGUGUGCCCGCGUGGAAGCCUUAGAAGGAAAGGCCCCCAAUGUAGUCGAAUGUAAUAACACCGAAUCAACGCUUUUGGAAACGGUCACCCAGUUAAAAAUGGAACUGAAUGACCGGGACCAGGAUCUGCUGCUCAACGACAUUGAGAUUUCUAGCGUACCGGAGGAGAACGGGGAAAAUACUAUACACAUAGUAACUACCUUAGGGCAGAAGCUUGGAGUCACGCUGUCUGAGCAUGAUAUCGUCGAUGCAACUCGCGUGGGUCGAGCUUCGCAGGUGAGCGAGGGUGCCCAGGGCCCGCCGUCCCGCCCGCGGCUGCUGGUGGUGCGGCUGGCACGCCGCGCCGUGCGAGACCGGCUGCUGCAGGCGGCACGAGUACGUCGCGGAGCUACCACGGAAGGUACCGACCUGCCUGGGCCUAACAGCCGCUUUUACAUCAACGAGCGGCUCACCGUUGUCAAUCGUCGUCUAUUUCAGAAAACGAGGCAGCUCAAGGAGCAGCUUGGCUGGCGAUAUGCAUGGACCCGCGACGGAAAGAUCUACGUGCGCCAACGUCCUGGCUCGCAGUCUCCACGACAUCGUAUACGAUCGGAACAGGAUUUAGAGCGUGUUUUUGGUACUCAUGUUGUUUGCUAA